AUGAAGCUCUCCACCGCACACUUCUUGGCAACUAUGCUCGUCCUCCUGUCCCUCUUCAUCCUUCCAACAUAUGGAAAUCAGGAAGAGGAGCGCGCAAUCUCCUCAAACUCUCAACAUACAAGAAGACGUAAAGCACCAUUAUGCAAACCCGGAAGUGCCAUGCCCAUAAACCACAAACCCGCACAAAUCAUGCCCAUAAAUUCCAAAGUCGCAAAAUUCGUACGACACGCCACACCACAAGACCACUCAGAUCACGCAGCUCCCAUGACCCUCUUGCCUGUCGCCUCGAAGCAAAGGACAAAUACUGUUAUCGAUUCCGGCCAACCACCACCAGCUAGUCUCAAAACCAAGAGAGAUGAUGGAUUCGGUCCAUCUAUAAAGGUGUUGGUAGGCAUCGUAGUUGGGGCAGUUUUAGCCUCGGCCCUAGCGGUAUGGGCUAUUUCUAAAUUUUGUAGAAUUCGGAGUAA